AUGGCAGAUACUCAGACCCAACCCUCUGCUGGUGCUGCUGGUACUACUGGAGAAGAGCGGGAGAAGCUUCAACCUCAACAAGUCCGAUGUAUGUGCGCGCGGUGCGUACAAAGAAUGGUUGUCGAUCCUUUCUCGCUCUGCAAUCUCGCUCCACCCUCCAGAGUCGCCAACGCCGACACUUUGUGCAACUACUGUCACAUCCAACGUGGCCGCUGUUGGAAAUUCCCUUUGGCUCUCCAACCCCAAAUUCUCGAGCUUCAGAAGCGCGCUGACGAAUUCCACGAUUGGCAUUGGGCCAAUAGUAUUCUUCCCCCUGCUCGUCGGAGCCCAUGGGUUUUACCGGCGGACCCCCCCGGCGGUUUAUACUGUCUGGCCGGCUCAUACGCCACAGGCGUAUAA